GGUUAAACAAGCAUUGGUCUCAUGGUAGAGAACACAUCCAUCACUCAAAAGGAGGAGUCCAGGAAAGGGAAGAGAGAUCCACAGCAGCCAGCCAUGGAAGAAAGGGUUGCAGGACCACAGACUGAGGAGGACCACACAUUGAAGAAGAGGACCACCCAAGGAAGAAGAGGACCACCCAAGGAAGAGGAGGACCACAUAAUGAAGAAGAGGACCACACAAAGAAGAAGAGGACCACACACAGAAGAAGAGGACCACACAAAGAAGAAGACGACCACACAAAGAAGAAGAUCCAAGUUUUACUGCUGCCAGCCAUGGACGAAGGAAACACGGACAACUGACCCUUAUAUUGUCAAGGGUUUGGAAAAGUACCUCACCUGUCAGGAAGAGCUGGACACCAGAUAG